AUGGAAGUCGUCAAAGACGUUAAUAAACGCAACUUUGGAAGGCCAUUUUUCGUUUGCUGCGACCGUGAGAACCCAUGUAACUUCUGGCAGUGGGGUGACAGACACGAGUUUCCAAAACCCGAGUGCGGACACGGAUUGAGUUGUUGCGUACGGAAAGUCGAACAGGAAGGAGAAAAUCAAGGUCGCCUUUUCUUCUGUUGCCCAAACGAUACCGAAGAGUCGUGCGGUUUUUUUGAAUGGAAACUCGAGCCGGAAAACCCGUUCAACCAACUGCAUUUUCCUCACGUUGAGAGAGUUGGUAUACUGCAGAGCAAUCCGGCGCUGCACACAUACAUGGUAGCUGAAACUGGACUCACCUUUACCAGCGCACGGGAAAAUCCACACGACGCCUAUGCUGAACAUAUGGGGGACUUGCCAAUUUCCUCACUUACGAAGGCUAUGGAGAGCGGACUGUCACUGAUAGACUAUUAG